AUGAUCCACGCCGUAUGGGUCAUCAACAAGGCCGGCGGUCUAGUCUUCAAUCGAUCAUAUAGCGACGUCCUCCCUCCACUCCCACUCAAUGCCGUCCUCAUCCUCGCUGGGACAUUACACGGUAUCCACGCAAUAACGGGCCGGCUGGACCCGACGACUAAUUCCAAGUCGAGGUCGGGGCCGUCGAGCGGGCAGGGGAUGGAGGCUUUUGAGGCGGAGGGAUGGGGUGGCAGAGUAUGGCUCAGCGGGACCGGCACCAAAUUCAUUGUGCUUCACUCAAUACCGCACUCCGGACUGGACGAGCUACUUCGACGGAUAUACGAGAUAUAUGCGGACGCGGUCAUGAAGAACCCCUUCCAUACGCCAGAAAUGCCAAUCAACUCGUCGCUCUUCGAAACCAGAUUACAGACUUUAAUAGCUGGAGUCAAUACAUGA